CCAGUCAGAGCGAAACAAAGUGAGGCCGAGUGAAACCAAAAAAACAAAAACAAAAAAAAACCAAACAGGAGUGAAAAUCAGUGAGAGAGUUUCAGAUCAGAUUUGUGUAGUUCUUGCUUGUGUUUGAAAUCCUUCCCCCCUCUGUAAUUUUCCCCGCUUCUCUGAAUCCCUUUCUGUUAAUCAUCUGUGUUUCUAAAAGGUUAAUGGUUUUUGGGUUUGUUUUCUCAAACUUGGAAAAGAUUGAUUUCUCCGGAAGCCACAGGUGUUUUCAGAAUCGAGAUCCAGCUUUUGUUUUUUUAAAUUUUUAAUAUUUUUCAUUUUUCGUUUCGAGGGUUGUUUUUGAUCCCUCCUCCCAGGAGCAACAAGAGGUUGAUUAUUUGAAAUCUCUUUCGAUCUCCUUUUUAUUUUGCGUGCCUGUUCUUUAAUUUUAUCGAAGAACCAGGUUCGGUUUUUUUAUUUUUAUUUUUAGUUUUUCUUACUUUUGAGUAGCAGAUUUGUUUCUAUUGUUAUCUUUGAAUUUGAUUUUGAAGGCAUGGCAGCUAUGGAUAUCUACAGUAGCAGACCUCUUCAGUCAUCUUCGGAUCCUUUUACGGGUGAGCUCAUGGAAGCACUUGAACCUUUUAUGAAAAGUGCGUCUCCACCGCCGCCUUGUUCUUCUUAUUCUCCUUCUUCUUUUGAUUUCAACCCUUCUAUCCCAACCCCAUCUUCUUCUUAUUCUUCUUCUUCAACCCCUUUCCUUUCUUCUACUCCUUCUCCUUCUUCUUCCUACAACUACCUGUCUUUCUCCCCUUCAAUCCCUACCCCGCAGCCCAAUUUGUACCAAGACGGUGGCUCAACCUUUUCCUUGGGUUUCGAGCAGCAAGGUUCGAUUGGGCUGAACCACCUUACCCCUUCCCAGAUCCACCAGAUCCAGGCCGAGAUCCAGCUCCAGAAUCAACCCCAGAUGAUGGCAUGGCAGCAAAACUAUCAGCAACAGUCAUCACCAUCCCACACGCUCAGUUUUCUCAGUCCCAAACCUGUUCCCAUGAAGCAAUCUGGUUCGCCGCCCAAGCCCACUAAGCUUUACCGGGGAGUGAGGCAGAGGCAUUGGGGGAAAUGGGUCGCCGAGAUCCGGCUACCCAAGAACCGAACCCGCCUCUGGCUUGGCACCUUCGACACAGCUGAAGAAGCAGCCUUGGCUUAUGACAAAGCAGCUUACAAGCUCCGUGGCGACUUUGCCCGCCUCAAUUUCCCUCAUUUGAAGCACACCGGCUCAGUUGUUGGUGGCGAGUUCGGCGAGUACAAGCCUCUGCAUUCCUCUGUUGACGCGAAGCUUCAGGCCAUUUGCGAAGGGUUGGCUGAGUCGCAGAAACAGGGAAAGGCAGGGAAGCAGGCGGGUGCGGCCAAGAAAUCAUCGGCCGCCCGCUCGCAGCAGAAGCCGAAGUCAACACCGGUGCCGGAACCGGAACCGGAGGCUUUGACGGUGAAGAUGGAGAGCUCCUCCUUGUCGCCGGUGAUGACGGAUAGUGAUGGGUCUGCAGGGUCUUCUCCUCUAUCGGAUCUGACCUUUGCCGACUACUCAGAGUCCUCAUCUCCCUGGGAGAACUGCGGAACGGAGAGUUACAUGUUGGAGAAGUAUCCAUCGGAGAUUGAUUGGGCUUCGAUCUUGAAUCAAAAUUCGAAUUAAACCAUGUGGGUUAUGUGUAAUUGUAACUGUGUUAUGCUUUAGUUUGUUCAAACAAGAGUCAAGAGUCAAGAGUCUAAGUUCACUAAGUAAUUAGGGGGCUACUGCAAUCAAGUUUUUGGCAGUUGCAGGGCCUAAUCUAGUAUUGGAAGAUUAGGGUUUAGUGGAUCAUUUCGGGUUUAUGUUAAUAUUAUGAUGUAAAUCAUCGUCAUCAUGGUCAGCUAGUUUUUUUCUUGCGAGACCUUGAGUGAUUGAACUUCUUUUUAUGUAAUCUUCUUCUAUUCCAGUAUGUACUCUUUAGUUGUUUAUAUGUGUAUUGAAUUGAAGUAAUUUUAUUGUUAUA